UCGAGCGUAGCGAGAGAACGGCGUAUCCAACAACCCCCUCGAGUGUUCACCGUACCAGUGCCUUAAACGCGAAAACCGUCAUCGAAGCCGGGGACCGCGACACGACGUGAGUCCCCCUCGUGCGUAACCGCGAGACAGUGAUGUUAUUUGGUGUCCAGUGUGAUGAUGUGUGCUGCAGACACCGCGAUCUGCUCUUGUUUGCGUUCAGUGUAUACCAGCGGCGGAUUAUUUUAGAUUGCGAUGGAUAACGGCACCCCGCCAGCCCUGCCGGAGAGGAACCCGGUGCCGCCCAGCAGCCUGAACGGCAGCGGCGGAGGCGGCCACCAUCACGGCCGGCGCCCGUCGCCCAGUCCGGGGCCGCCGUCCUCUCCCAUCCACCGCCCCACGUCGGUGAUGGACAGUCCGGUGUCGCCGUCGGGCGGUGGUCCCUUCUCCUAUCCGAUGGUCGAAGUGGUCGUCAAUCGCGACGACAAGGGCUACGGCAUGAAGGUAUCCGGCGACAAUCCCGUCUACGUUCAGAGCGUAAAAGAAGGCGGUGCAGCGGAAAAAGCGGGCCUUCAUGCUGGCGACAAAAUAAUAAAAGUGAACGGCGUCAACGUAAAAUCAUCGACCCACACGCAAGUCGUCCAAUUAAUCAGAGAGAGAUCUCAAGUGGUGCUAACCGUCCAACAAAGAACGCCCUUGAGGCAUUCGCAAGGAUCCAGUAUGCACAACCGGCUGGCCACCACUCCGAUAACGUACCCUCAACCAGUUGAUAAUGAAAAACAAUGCCAACUUCACAAGGAAAAAGAACAAUACUACCGCCUAAUGAUCGAAAAGGAGAAACACUGGGUGGACGUGCUGAGGAGCCAAAUAGCCGUCAAUCCGGACGAGAAGAAGAUUGGCGAGUUGGCCAAAACCGAAAAGAACAUCGAAACACUCGAAACCCAUCUGAAGAGUCUCAACGAGCAGUCUCCACCCGCCCACCACCACCUUCAACACCACCCCCACCAACGCGUUCCCCACACCCCCUCUCCCUCCUCCCCCGUCAAGCGACCAUGGAGCACGACGCCCACGUCGCCGAACGGCAACAGUUCAGAGCCGCCUCCCUUGCCCAAGCGCAACCAAAACAUGCAAAAGCGUCCCAAGGACCACCACCGUCACUUUAACACGGUGCCGGCGGCGGGCGGCUCCCGCUCCCACCACAGGGGCGGCGGCAGCACGCCCGCGUCGCCCCUGGACGAAGACGACAUCAACGCCAACCGUGCGACGCCGCUCGCGUCCCGACGCAGGAACACAGCGCAUCGAAGCGACGCGACGCCCCCGGGCGAGUCGAUUCCUCCUCCCCUCCCGCCCCGCACGGGGCUUCCUCCGCCCCACGGUCUCGACCCGGACGCGUGCAAUUCCAUUAACAAGCAAAUGUCGUAUCCGCUGGUGGCCACGUUCGCCACACUAGUUAACGACUAUUCCCCGCAUUUGAAUCCGACUCACCACCGCACCAAGUCUUCACCGGAGUCACUGUUGACGUUAAGCGGAGCAGAGGCGUCCAAGAAGCUGAUAGCGUCGGAAAGCAUGAACGACCUGACGGGGGGCGCGUGGGAGCGGGCGGACACGCCACCCGGAACUCCGCCGCCGCCCUAUCCAAGUCCGCUGCCUGGGCGCCGGACUACCGACAAGACGACGGACGAGGGUUUCACUCUCAUUGAGAACACUGUGGAUGGCUCCCCGGACUUUGUGGGUUUCCGGCAGCCGAUCAGCCGCACGUUGGCCAACAGUUCGCCGAUCCACGCAGCCAACACUCAGCUCGCGCAACAGCCCAUCAUCAGCAUGGAGGACGAUGAAAUCUCCGACCUGGAGCUGAACCAGGUGGAGGACCACGGCCACUUCAAGUCACUGUCCCGCCUUUGGGAUCAUCUACCCCAUUUGGCCGUGUUCAUGAACUACGUCCUCCUGAACUCCGAUCCGAACAGUUUGCUGUUCUAUCUGCUGACUGACCUGUACAAGGAGGGCAACGCCAAGGAGAUGCGGAAGUGGGCGUUCGAGAUACAUUCGUGUUUCUUGGUGCCCGGCGCACCUCUUCGGUUGGGCAACGUGGAUGAGAACAUAGCCCGCGAGAUCGACGAAGUGCUGACCAGAGAGUACGACAAGGAGGAGAUACUACGCAAAAUCUUCUGGAGGGCGAGGUCCAGAGCUAAAGAGGAGCUCACAAAACAGUUGGCGGAUUUCCAACAAAAACGGACCGCCGGAUUGGGUACGAUUUUCGGACCGACUGAUCAAACCCUUGCCGAACUCUACAACGAUCGUAGCAAAGAGAUUAAACUUUAUGAGAAUUUGUUCUUGGAUAAGUUAGAGCCGUAUCUAGAGGAGAUUGAGAAAGAUAGUUAUGAUGCCGUACGCUACUACACAGCAGCAGCCUUAGCAACCGUCCUUACUAGAGUGUUUCAAAUUAGACCGCCUUCGCACGCCUACGAAAAGUGCCCUACUUUUGUUAAUAAAGAGAAAACGUUUAGUCGUUUUCAGUUUUUAGGGAAAUACUCCAAAAAGUGGAAUAUAUUAAACCACCAGUUUUUGGCCCAAAACUACUAUACUGUGAUACAUUGCUACCACUGUCAACAAAUAAUUUACGGAAUAGGACCACAGGGUUACCAGUGUUCAGUCUGCCACAUUCAUUUACAUAGACACUGUGUAAAACAAUACGACGAUACGUGUCCAGGGCCAGUCACAAAAAAGGACAAGUUCAAAUUCAUCAGGAUGCGACAAGAGAACAAUGACAACAAGAGAAAGCAAAGUACCAUCUUCCUACAAGCUGAAAGAGUGAAUCGCCAAAUGGAGGAGAGGGAGAGCAGCGUUGAUCAUCAAGAAAAUGAAUCGAACAGGACCGGACAACCGGUAUCGAGAAGCGGAUCGGACAGGAGACCGGAUGCGGUGCGUGAAGAACGCCAUCAAUUGGAAUCGGCCUCUGGGGCUGGGGGCGAUCCCAUGAACGACUCCCUCAUCGCCACGAAGGAGGACUGUCUCACCCCCGAGAGUUCCGAAAAAACCCACGUGCCGAAGAAAAAAUCGACGAAUGUCAGCCGAUCCGAGAGCGUGAAGGAACAACCGGAAAAGAGGAAGCAAAGGCGGAACUACAGCGAUCCAUCGCACAACAAUACACCCAGUGGCGAUGUCGAUCACGAUACACCCCCUCAGGCGGGCUUCUCCAACCCCGAUUCCAGCAGUUCGUCCAGCACGAGUAUUUGCAAUGGCAGGUUGUCGGAGAGUCCCAGCAACAGCGUUGAUACAGUGGGAACUAGACUGCACAAUAGGACAGACUCAGACAGUGAUACAGGCUUCGAAUCAGACAUACCACAGUGGCAGGCCUUAGUUCCUGAGGAACAGAGGAAGAAUCUGGAUCCACAGGAACAAAAACGACAGGAUAUUAUUAAUGAAAUCUUCGCGACAGAGAACUCCCACGUGCGCAACCUGCGGGUCCUGCACAAGAUCUUCUACGAGAAGUUGCGCUCCAGCCAAGUCCUCAAGACCGACGAGCUGCACCUGAUCUUCCCGAACAUCCGCGACCUGUUCGAGGUUCACAACGAGUUCAACCGUCAAAUGCGACGGCAACGGGAACAGGACAAGGUGCUGGUACGGGAAGUUGGCGAACUGUUGCUCAGGAUGUUCGAAGGCGAACGGGGCGACCGACUUAAAACUGAGGCGGCCCGGUUCUGCGAGAAGCAGAAGUACGCGCUGGAACUGAUCAAGGAGAAACGGAAGAAGGAUACCAAACUCGAAAACGUGCUGGCUGAGUGCGAGAAGAAACGUCACUGCAGGCGGUUACAACUGCAGGGCAUCCUGCCAAUCGAGAUGCAACGUCUGUCGAAAUACCCGCUUCUGCUGAUGCGGUUGAUCGAGAACACAGACAAAGCCCGGACUGAAGAACUGGCAAAUCUGGAGAAGGCUUUACGGCUUUGUAAGGAAGUGGCCAAUCAUGUGGAUGAGGCGGUGAAGUUGGCCACGAACCGCCAACGAUUGGAAGAAAUCCAACGUCAUUUGGAUAUUUCGAACAUCACUCGGAACGACCAUCCGGCCGUGCGGGAGUUCAAUUUGUCCGCCACCGAUUUGACUAAGUAUACGUUGAUUAUGGAGGGCAGCAUGCAGCUCAGACGGCCAAAUAAGGCGAAUGUCCCCAUUCACGUAUUGCUGAUGGAAGAGGCGGUGUUCCUGCUGCAACGGGAGGGUGAUCGUUACCUCCUGAAAUUCUUCCAGUCGGGCUUCGGCUCCAAUACCCAACCCCUCUCGCCACACAUUAAGACGAGUCUACUACUAGUCAGGCCCAAUGCAGUCUGUAAAAACGGCCUAUAUCUGGUGAAUACACACACCAGCAAUUGUCAAAUUUACGAUCUAAUAUCUGAAGACGAUGCCCAACUUGAUACGUGGUUCAAACACUUCAGCGAUGUGGUCGACAGAAAUAACCUGAAGGAUGGUGGCAAGCCGAAGGCGCCGCCAGCUUCCGACCUCGAUGACGGCGGCGGCGGUGGCGGAGGCCAGCCGGAGAGCGUUCAAGAACUCCCACCUGCGGCCGAUGUGCGCCCCGAACGGGCCGAACAAGUGGCCCAUGAUGACAAGUCGGCGCCCGAAGAGGACGACGACCAGAGCGCCAAGCGAGAGGACGAUGAGAAGUCCGAUGGUGAGAAGAGCGCUGACGAAAGCGGCCCCAAGGCUCCAGAGAGGGGUGGUGGUGUUGAACAAUUACCGAAGGUCACUGCGGAAGAAUGGCCGUUGAUACAGCCAUCACAAGUCCAGGUCGAGGUCCCACCCGUGCACACCGCCGAAUCUAUGCUCACUCCUCUAGAGCAAAUCCGACGCAAGGAUAUAGAAGUGCGGAAAGCGCUAGAGGAUAAAGAGCACUUAGUAGCCGAUCUGCUCAACAUCCCGAGGGAGGACUUCCAGCAUAUCGCGGAUAUGGCUAGCUCCGACGUCGCCGGUCCCCGGGAACCUACUGAGAGAUUAUUGGCCGCGAUCUACCAGAUGGGCCAGUUACAGAAAUUAAUAAAUGAAUCACUGAACGUGACCGAAUCGGACGCGAUUGCGGCCCGUGGAGGCAAGAACGCCGCUUGCGCCAGCCAACAAGUGCAGCAAUCGUCGUACAAGCCCCUGUUGCCAGUGGAAUCCGUCCAAAGCAUCGUCACCACCAUUAGUCAACAAUUUAACGCUCUUAUGAGCGACGUAAAGCAUUUAGAGGAUGAACGAGACCUGUUUAGAAAGGAGAACGCCAAAUUGCGGGAGCGUCUCCACGAACAGUGCAACUUACACGGACCCGCCGCAGAAAGCCCAACCGAGGCUGAAUCUUCAGAUAAUGCUGAUGACUUGGCAAAUAUGGAGGAAAGUCUACAAAAAAAUGAAGACGGUGAAGUUGUGGAGCAAUGAAGAGCUUUCUGAAUAGAAAGUAAGGAAUUGGUCUAAAGCAAUAGUUAACGUAUCAACACGGCUGAAAUCGUCGUCAGAGUUUUGAUUUUGUAAAAAGGACGUUAAUUAUUUUUCUUAUAUUUUAAAUGUAUAGGUACGCGAGGUUAAAAAUAUAUUAAUUAGCUAAGCCUAAGUCGUCCCACGGGACGUCCAUAUUUAUAUAUAUAUUUGGUAUUAAUAUUAUUUUUUAUAAAGAACCAUGAAAAAUUGUGAUUUUUUACAUGCAAAAGUCUUGCAUUUUGAUGACACCAGUUGAAACUAUAGAGAACAAUACGGGGAAGAAAAGUAUUGUCGGUGCAAUAAAAAAACAUGCUUUUGUGGCCGUUAUUCAUUAUUAUAAAUCGCUUAUGUGAGCCGUGGAACACAGAAAUGAUAAUGCUCCCAAUAAAUAUUGUGUAUUUACCUCUGUACAUAACAAAAACUACUUUAGAUUAAGUAAAAUAUUUGUAUUUUGUCCAAUUUCUCUGUUUGCGUAAACAUUAUAUUAUUAAAUACAAUUACUAUAGAAUUGGGUUUUUACAUAAAUACAUUUUAGUGAUAUAAAACAAGUAUUAGUCGAUUAAAUGUUUUUUGUAAUUGUUAUUAUAAAUUGCUUGAUUUUAAAUGUUCGUUAAUAAUUAUGCAUUACGUUAUUUAUUUUAUACAAGUAUGUGGCAUUCCUGUAUUUCAUAAGUCUUACACUUUCUAUAAGCGACUAAACCUUUUUAACCACUGUAACGUGUAUAUACUAUUAUGGCUAAACUUGUAUUUCUUAGUCACUAUAGAUUUGUUCUGUUUUAUAUUAUGUAUUUUACCGAUUUAUGUAAAAAGGCUGAUGUAAAUGUAUUUUAUAAUAAAAUGAGUCUCCUUCGCAUUGUUCCAGACAACUGAACUGGGCGGCUGGAUUUUACUUUCCUCCGUUGCAAGGAGAAACAAUAUAUCCUCUACCUGCUCAUAGUAUUGUAUUUAUUACUUUCGGUGUAUUUUAAUAUUAAAUUGCUUUAUAAUCGGCUGGUGAUCGAAUUCGAUCUAGGACCAGUGAUGUUACUGUUAUAGAUUUUUUUGAUAAUAUUAAAGUGCCUUUCUGGACACCACAGUUGUUCACGAUGGUUAGUAAAUAAGCUUUUGUAUAACUGCUUUACAAAUGUGCAUUUUUGUUAAAAAAUACUUAGCAUUUAUAUGAAUAGAAGUGUUAUUUUGUACUGUGUAUAAUUUUAGUUUUAUUAUUUAUCUUCUUCAGCGAAUUAUAUAUAAUGAAUGAUGUCACAGCAUCUAAUUUGUUAAAUGUAUACAGAAAAAAAUGCUAUAUAAGUUAUUAAAGUAUAUCAACCACA